AUGAGUGAAUAUGGUCAUCUUCCAAACCAUUACGCAAAUAUUGCUAGGUUGAUUCCUCAAUAUUCCUCCAAUCAAAUUCGCAAUCGAUGGACCAAUUAUUUAGAUCCCGAACUGUGUUUGGAUCCUCCUGAUGAAAAUGCAAAGCUCUUUAUUAAAGAUUGGGUUACGUCUAAGGCUGCGCCUAUACAUUGGAAUCGUUUACAGAAGGACCUCUAUCUCGGAUUACUCGGAUUAAUCAAAGUCGAUCUACCAAAAUGGCCGUUUCCUUCCUUUUGA